GCCAUCCGAGACGCAUUGGGACUUUAUAAUAAGCAAAGGAAAAGAGUGAUGGCUAGUACCAAUUCAGCACAAUGUAUCCCAACACAUUUUAUCUCAACUGAUCCAAUGCCCCCUUCCAUGCUUCUCAAAGACUUAGAUUCAUCCGCUGAUUCUCGACUCAUUCCACAAGAUUUUAUUUCAGGAAUUACAGUACAAAGAAAACUUAAUAGAGUACACUUUGUGGUCUUCUUAAGUUCGUGUGGAAAUAAAGUAAUAGGAUACUCGCGAACAGGUAGGCUAUAUCCAGAACAAGAUCAUUUGGAGACUGAGCUCAAAACUCUUUUCAAUAAUAUGCCACGUCUUUGCCCCGAGAAUUAUGGACUUCCUCGUCUCAGUAAUUCAGAAGAAGAGCUAAAAAUUCUUGAAGCUUAUGGCGUCAAGGGAGGUACACUUAGUACUAGUAAUUCCAAAAUUUUAUUAACAUUCCCCAGAGUCUAUCUGGCCGGAGAGCUAUAUCUUCAUGGCAAAAGCCUGAAUUGGAUAUCUGGUCAAGCUAGAAAGAGUGGUGAUAGCACAGCUCUAGAAUUUCACAUAUUCGAUAUCUUCUUCCCUCAUGCUAAGCAAGCCGGACAUGAUAUGUUGAGCUGA